AUGGGCUUUUUCGACCAUCUUCAGAAAGGAGGGGCCUUCUCUCUACGGCCUCAGAAGACUCAGAUCCGCAAGGUCGUUCAAAAAGCCCCAGCCCCGGCACGAUUGACGACAAAAAAUCCGGACUGUCGGUCAUCUCGAGUCCAGUCUUCGACGGAGCGGAGCCGCAAGACGCACGCGCUCAAAGCCCGAUCGGUCUCGAGUGACGCAGACGCCCGCCCUGCUAACCGACAAAACACGCCUAAUCGCAUACGAAAGCGGACUACCCCCGAGACACGGCUUUCCAGUGACGAUGAUGCUAGCGACAGUGAUACCUCGUUCGAAGUGCGCAAGCGUGUGCGCACGAGCGCCAGUGCAGAACCCGACCCCGACAGACGGAUUCGCUCGGUGAAGGCAUUUUCAGAUGAAGGACGUCGGCCGUUUAAGAUGGUCCAUGCAGCGGAUAUUACGUCUGGCCAAAAGGCUGGGAAGUUUAAACCGGCCUUUGGAGUCGCCGGUAAGCCUGCGGAGAUCCUCUUGCAGUAUCCCAGUGCUUCGCCAAAAGAAAGGACUUUUCGGCCAAUCGACGACAUCAUGCAGGUCAUCGAGACCGUCUCCGACAACUAUAUACCGGCUGAAGAGGCGGACGAGUUUAAUAAUGAAACUACUGGGAUCAGACGGCGAUUGCGGCGUGCUUUGGCUGUGACGUCGGAGACCCAGUUCCGCGAGGCGGUCGAAGAUUAUAACAUGGCCAUCACUAGGCUGAGAGAGAGCGGUAGCCUUGCGAAGCAUUUGGACACAAUCCAGCGCAUAAGUCUACCUUGGGUGGAGCGCAUUCUGACACAGAUUUAUGCGCGGACGGUGUCUCCCCGCGUCGAAUCCCUCCGGCAGUACGAGAACGGCACGGACAAUGUGUACGGCGAACUUCUUCCCAGAUUUAUCAGCAACAUCUUCAAGGAGACCAAAUUGAAGUCAGGUCAGGUCUUUGUUGAUCUUGGCUCGGGUGUGGGCAACGUCGUUCUCCAAGCGGCACUUGAGAUUGGCUGCGAGAGCUGGGGCUGCGAAAUGAUGAAUAACGCAUGCGACUUGGCUGACCUGCAGCAAUCUGAGUUCAAGGCUCGCUGUCGUCUCUGGGGAAUCGCGCCAGGCAAGACACACCUUGUGCGUGGUGACUUCCUCGAGCAGGAGAGCAUCAUUGACGUACUCAAGCGAGCAGACGUGGUGCUUAUCAACAAUCAAGCAUUCACACCCCAGCUCAAUAAUGAGCUGAUUAAUCACUUCCUCGACAUGAAAGAAGGCUGCAAGAUUGUCUCCCUCAAGUCGUUUGUUCCAGCCGGGCACAAGAUUCAGUCGCGCAACCUCAACUCUCCCAUCAACCUUCUUCAGGUCCAGCAGAAGAACUACUGGUCCAACAACGUCAGCUGGACCGACGUUGGUGGCACCUACUUCAUUGCCACCAAAGACAGCUCUCGACUGAAACGCUUUAUGGAUGAUACGCUCUAG